AUGUCUUACAGAGAUCCUGCAACUGCCUUCGAAUAUCUUGCAACCUUCAACGAAAAGGAUGGUCUUUCCGCUGAACAGUUAAUGGACUCUAGCAUUAGAGGGGGUUUGACUUACAAUGACUUUUUGAUGUUGCCAGGUAAGAUCGAGUUUACAUCUUCCGAUGUGAAGCUUACCUCAAGGUUGACUAAGAAGAUCAAGUUGAAUACUCCUCUUGUUUCUUCUCCUAUGGAUACAGUCACUGAAGCUGAGAUGGCUAUCCAUAUGGCUCUAAUGGGUGGUAUUGGUAUUAUCCAUCACAACUGUACUCCUGAGGAGCAAGCUGCUAUGGUUAAGAAGGUUAAGAAGUAUGAGAAUGGUUUUAUUAACUCCCCAAUCGUCAUCUCUCCUAAAGUUACUGUGGGAGAAGCCAAAAUGAUGAAGGCUAAGUACGGGUUUGCUGGUUAUCCAGUUACAGACAAUGGUGACGUUGGUGGAAAACUACUAGGUAUUAUCACAUCUCGUGAUGUACAGUUUAUUGAAGAUGACUCUCUCUCGGUCUCUGAAAUCAUGACCACAGACGUUGUUACUGGUAAGAAGGGUCUAACUUUGGAAGAAGGUAACCUUAUUCUGAAGAAGACCAAGAAGGGUAAGUUGCCCAUUGUCGACGACGAAGGUAACUUGGUUUCCAUGCUUUCUAGAACCGAUUUGAUGAAGAAUCAAUCUUAUCCUUUGGCCUCCAAGUCUGCUAAGACUAAGCAAUUGUUAUGUGGAGCUGCCAUCGGUACCAUAGACAGUGACAGAGAAAGACUAGCUUUGUUGGUCGAAGCCGGUUUGGAUGUCAUUGUCUUAGAUUCUUCUCAAGGUAAUUCUGUCUUCCAAUUGGAUAUGAUAAGAUGGAUUAAAAAGACCUUCCCUGACUUGGAAGUCAUUGCUGGUAACGUUGUUACCAGAGAACAAGCGGCCAGCUUGAUUGAAGCUGGCGCUGACGGUUUGAGAGUUGGUAUGGGUUCUGGUUCUAUCUGUAUUACCCAAGAGGUCAUGGCUUGUGGUAGACCACAAGGUACUGCUGUAUACAGAGUUGCCCAGUUUGCCAACCAAUUUGGUGUUCCAUGUAUUGCUGACGGUGGUGUCCAAAACAUUGGGCACAUCAUUAAGGCUAUUGCAUUGGGUGCAUCUACCGUCAUGAUGGGCGGAAUGUUAGCUGGUACUACUGAGUCCCCUGGUGAAUACUUUUUCAGGGAUGGUAAGAGAUUGAAGACCUACAGAGGUAUGGGUUCUAUUGAUGCCAUGCAAAAAACAGAUUCUAAGGGAAAUGCCGCCACUUCCAGAUAUUUCUCUGAGACUGACAAGAUUUUAGUCGCUCAAGGUGUCAGCGGUGCCGUUAUUGACAAGGGUUCUAUCACAAAGUAUAUUCCAUACUUAUACAAUGGUUUACAACACUCUUGUCAAGAUAUUGGUGUUCGCUCUUUGACCGAGCUAAGAGAGAAGGUUGACAGUGGUGAUGUUAGAUUUGAAUUCAGAACUCCAUCUGCUCAAUUAGAAGGUGGUGUUCAUAACUUGCACUCUUACGAAAAGCGUCUACAUAAUUAA